AUGGGUUGCGAGAUUUCGAAGGACAGCCCGGUGGGGAAAUGGAUUGAAAAAGAUAAAUCCGGACCAACAAAAGUUCAUCCAGUCGACAUCCAGACGACACUUCGCCCAAAAACCACUCCCG